AAUAUCACAGUCGGUUCUAGAACCAAUUGAGAUAAUCAUUGAUUAUCAUAGUUGCUUGAGUGCAAUCGGUUAGUGAUAGCAGUUCGAACCAACUGCAUUGGUCUGAUUGAAGUAGACAUGCAAUCCCCCAUAGCCACAUUCCUGGCUUAUGUAAAGCAGAUCACAAGAUUCAUGAUUGCAGCAUUGAAUGAAGACCUUGGCAAGCGAAGCGAACGAUACCAGCAUUUGACUUGACCAACAUGCAAUGAGAAAUCCGUUUGUUGCACGCGAAUCAUGUCUAUCCCAGAACAUGCUCAUACUGGUCUUAGAAAAAGAGAAAAAGCACACGUUCAUACUCCAGCAUUACAAGUCAGGCACCAACGGCAGCAAGAAGGUAACUGCCUAGCAUCAUGCUUGGCCCCACCCAGUAUGCCUAUAAAAGCUAAAAGGUCGGCCAGAGCAAGACUCCAUACCUUCAAGAUGGCUGAACCUCAGCACACCAAUGGAGCUACUCACGGUGAUUCUGGCUCUGCAUAUGCAGCAGAGAAAAUGCCACCAAAGAGGCUACAGAGAUUUGAUUCACUGCAUAUGGAAGCUGGAAAGAUUCCUGGUGGCCAAACACAUGCAACCAAGGUUGGCUGGGCGACCACACUACACUUGGCAUUCCAAAGCAUAGGUGUUGUUUAUGGGGACAUGGGGACUUCUCCUCUGUAUGUUUUCUCCAGCACCUUUACAAGCGGGAUCAAUGACACAGAUGACCUCCUUGGAGUCAUGUCUCUAAUUAUCUACACUAUCAUUCUCCUUCCAUUGAUAAAAUAUUGCUUCAUUGUCCUGCGAGCUAAUGACAACGGUGAUGGAGGAACAUUUGCACUUUAUUCAUUGAUAUCUCGGUAUGCUAGGAUUAGCUUGAUACCCAAUCAGCAGGCCGAAGAUGCAAUGGUCUCUCGCUACAAGUUAGAGUCCCCAACAAAUCGUAUCAAGAGGGCUCAUUGGAUCAAGGAGAAGAUGGAAAACAGUCCAAAAUUUAAGGUCAUGCUUUUCCUAGUGACAAUCCUGGCAACAUCCAUGGUGAUCGGUGAUGGUGUGCUAACUCCAUCUAUGUCAGUGCUUAGCGCAGUUGGGGGGAUCAAGCAAUCAGCUACGUCCCUGACUCAAGGACAGAUCACUGGCAUCUCAAUAGCCAUUCUGAUUGUCCUCUUUGUUGUUCAGCGCUUUGGCACAGACAAAGUUGGUUACACAUUUGCCCCUAUAAUCUUGACAUGGUUCAUCUUGAUUGCUGGUAUUGGAGUGUAUAAUUUGUUCAAACAUGAUACUGGUGUUCUGAAAGCAUUCAAUCCAAAAUAUAUUGUGGACUAUUUCAAAAGAAAUGGAAAGCAAGGCUGGAUUUCUCUUGGAGGUGUUAUUUUAUGCAUUACAGGAACGGAGGCAAUGUUUGCCGACCUUGGUCACUUCAAUGUGAGAGCCGUUCAGAUUGGCUUUUCAGUAGUUCUGUUCCCUUCAGUACUGCUGGCAUACAUUGGACAAGCUGCAUAUCUUCGUGUCUACCCAGAAAAUGUUGCAAAUACAUUCUACAAAUCACUUCCAGGUCCGUUAUAUUGGCCAACUUUUGUGGUGGCUGUAGCCGCUGCUAUAAUUGCAAGCCAAGCUAUGAUAUCUGGUGCCUUUGCAAUUAUUGCUCAGUCCCAAGUUCUAGGUUGCUUUCCACGAGUUCGUGUGACCCACACUUCAACAAAGUUUGAAGGGCAAGUCUACAUCCCGGAGAUCAACUAUACAUUGAUGAUUUUAUGUGUAGCUGUUACAGCUAUUUUCCAAACUACAGACAAGAUUGGCAAUGCAUACGGUAUUGCUGUUGUCUUUGUGAUGUUUGUAACAACACUUCUAGUCACUCUAGUAAUGGUUAUGAUAUGGAAGGCAAGUCUGCUAUGGAUUGCACUCUUUCCAGUAAUAUUUGGCGGAGCAGAGCUCAUAUACUUAUCUUCGGCAUUCUACAAGUUUACUCAAGGAGGCUACUUGCCACUAGCUUUUGCGGCGAUUUUGAUGUUUAUAAUGGCCACAUGGCAUUAUGUCCAUGUUCAUCGAUACAACUAUGAGCUCCAGAACAAGGUAUCAAAUAAUUAUGUGGCAGAAUUAGCAACAAGGCGACAUCUUGCCAGGUUGCCAGGAAUAGGCUUUCUGUACUCUGAACUUGUGCAGGGCAUCCCACCCAUACUUCCUCACUUGGUAGAAAAGGUGCCAUCCAUCCACUCAGUUCUUGUGAUUGUCUCGAUAAAGUACUUACCGAUCAGCAAGGUAGAAACAAGCGAACGUUUCCUCUUCAGAUAUGCAGAGCCAAGAGAUUACAGGAUUUUCCGAUGUGUGGUGCGCUACGGAUACAAUGAUAAAGUAGAAGAUCCAAGAGAAUUUGAGGGCUUACUUAUUGGUCAUUUGAAACAAUUUAUCCAUCAAGAAUCUUUCACCCGCCAAGGAGGAGAUCAUUCAACAGAAGAAUUAGGAGAUGCAGUGGAGCCUUCUGUUGGAGCUCAAGAGGCAAGGUUGUCCAAAAGUUUUUCAGAUAGAAUCACUGCUGCUCCACCAAAUGAAUGCAUUGAUGAGAUACAAUUAAUUCAGAGAGAGAUGGAGGAUGGUGUUGUCCAUAUGCUUGGAGAAACUAAUGUGGUGGCAGAACUAGAUGCAGAUUUCUUUAAGAAAAUAAUAGUUGACUAUGCCUACAAUUUCAUGAGGACGAACUUCAGGCAACCAGAGAAGAUAACAUGUGUCCCUCAUAACAGACUGUUACGGGUGGGAAUGACAUACGAGAUCUAGAGCGACGUUGGACUUAGUACAAUACCACAAUUAGAUCAAAAGACUCAGAGGAUUAACUACUUGACAACAGAGUAGGUGUUUUCAAUAUCAAAUCAGGAAAUGCAAACGCAGACUGAACUGAAAAGUAAAGGAUGGAAGGGCUCUAUUCAUAGAGGUGGAGAAACUAGAGUACAUGUAAUGGGUGCCUACGACAUAAAUGUUUGUAAGAAAAGUAUGUGUAGUGGUUGUGCUCGUAGUGUGAUUGAUACCUGUGUUCUUUUGAAAAUAAAUGAAGGUUUUAACCUAUUGCCAAAAGGUAAGAUGGAGAAUACUUUUUUUAAAUUUUUGGUAAGUCAUUCAAUACUGUGUAUAAAACAUGUCCCGCAGAUCGUUGAUUGUAAGUGGCGUUAUGUUAUUACUAA